CGCCGUAGUUUACCGUCAACUUUUGGGCUGUCUGGGCGUCUAGAGUCUAAAAACUGAACCUCAAUCGAAGGUUCUUAUCAGUAUAGAACGGACCGCGGCCUCGAACGGGAGGACCACUCGAAAUAAUAUUUUUUUAAGUAGUGUAGUAGUGUAGUGUCUCUAUAAGAACAUAAAAUGCUGAAAUCGAUAGUUCUAAUUGCCGUGUUUGCGGUUGCCGCUACACAUGCACAAUUCAAGUGCCCGAAGAACCGGGGCCAGUUCGAGCAUCCGGAGCAGUGCGACAAGUACUACGUGUGCGAUGAGGGCGUAGCCACGGAGAAGAUCUGCCCGGAUGGGCUCGUGUUCGACCAGACGAUCCGAUUGGCCAACAAGUGCGACCAGCCCUUCAACGUGGACUGCGGCGAUCGGUUGGAAUUGCAGGAACCCCAGGGCACCAGCGACUACUGCCCACGCAAGAAUGGUUUCUUCAGCCACCCCGAUCCGGCCAUCUGCAACGUGUUCUACAGCUGCAUCAACGGCGAGGAGCUGGAAAUGAGCUGCACGGGAAAUCUGCACUUUGACGAAAAGUCCGGAACGUGCGUUUGGCCCGAUGUGGCUGCCCGUACCGGCUGUGCUACCAACGCGUACAAGAAACUCAGCGACGGUUUCGAGUGCCCCAAGGAAGUCCGUCAUGACAAGAAUGGCCUCACCAUCCUGCAUCCGAACUACCCACACCCAACGGACUGCUCCCGCUUCUACUACUGCCUGAAUGGCAUCGAGCCCCGCCAGGGACAGUGCGACGCCGGACUCGUCUACAACGAGGACAUUCAGCGUUGUGACAACCCGGACAAUGUUCCGGAAUGCAAAGACUGGUAUAAGGAUGAGGAUGACAAGAAGUCGAACUAAGUGAGUGAUUCUGACGAAACUGCCAUGAGUGUCCUCGUUCUGACGUGUGCUGCGAGAUAUGAGUGUGUAUGAGAGUGCGAUGUGCGAGUGCCAGAUGAGCGGGGUAUCAUCGAAACGAAACGGAACGUACCCAAACGCCUGUUUCACUACAAACUUGCCCUUUUAGAAUGAAACAAAAGAAAAAGAAAACACUAUUUAGCUUAUAGACCUCGAGAUUAAUUGUAGCGUGUAACGAUUUGUGAUUUCAAAAGUAGACGUUUUGUAAAACGAUCCUCGAACAAAUACUAUGUACUCGUAGAAGAAAAAUGUAUUAACAAUCAAAACUCUUUCGAAACUUUUAA